AUGUCUGUAGAUUCAAUAUUUUCAUCGCCGUUGGGUCCUCCGGUAUGUGAGAAAGAUGCAAAGGCACUUCAGUUCAUCGAAGAGAUGACUCAAAAUGCCGAUGCAGUUCAACGGAAAGUUUUGGCUGAAAUUCUCAACCAAAAUGCGCAGGCUGAAUAUCUUAAGCGUUUCAAUAUUGAUGGAAUUAUGGACCGCGAUACUUUCAAAUCUGUAAUCCCAAUUAUUACAUAUGAAGAUCUCCAGCCGUUGAUUCAAAGAAUUGCUAAUGGUGAUCAUUCUCCAAUUUUAUCUUCUCACCCCAUAUCGGAAUUUCUAACCAGCUCUGGAACUUCAGCUGGAGAAAGAAAACUCAUGCCUACAAUCAAAGAAGAAUUGGAUCGUCGUCAGCUUCUUUACAGUCUUCUCAUGCCUGUAAUGAACCUUUACGUGAAGGGUUUGGAUAAAGGGAAAGGACUGUACUUUUUGUUUGUGAAGUCCGAGACAAAAACUCCGGGUGGACUUCUGGCUCGACCCGUUUUAACAAGCUACUACAAAAGUGAGCAUUUCAAGACCCGUCCAUACGAUCCGUACAAUGUUUACACAAGUCCGAAUGAAGCAAUCCUAUGUCCUGACUCAUUUCAGAGCAUGUACACUCAAAUGUUAUGCGGUCUCUAUGAACGCGAAGAAGUCCUCCGUGUUGGGGCUGUGUUUGCCUCCGGCUUACUCCGAGCAAUUCGGUUCCUUCAACUCAAUUGGCCACAACUCACUCACGACAUACGGACUGGGUCACUCAACCCAAAAGUGACCGACCCCUCAAUUCAGGAAUGCAUGGCCCGGGUUCUUAGACCUGACCCCGACUUGGCGGAUUUCAUUGCCAAGGAGUGUGCAAAGGAAAAUUGGAAGGGGAUCAUCACUAGAGUUUGGCCUAACACAAAAUAUCUUGAUGUUAUUGUUACAGGUGCAAUGGCGCAAUAUAUUCCAACUCUUGAUUACUAUAGUGGUGGAUUGCCCUUAGCAUGUACCAUGUAUGCUUCUUCAGAAUGUUACUUUGGGCUCAAUCUUACACCCAUGUCCAAGCCAUCUCAAGUUUCAUAUACCAUCAUGCCUAACAUGGCCUAUUUUGAGUUCUUGCCCCACGAUCCUAACUCGUCAGUGCAUGCUUCUAAACUAGUUGACCUUGUUAAUGUGGAGAUUGGCAAAGAAUACGAACUCGUGAUCACAACUUAUGCUGGAUUAUGUCGAUACCGAGUUGGUGACAUUCUCCGAGUUACUGGAUUUUAUAAUUCAGCACCACAAUUUCACUUCGUAAGGAGAAGAAAUGUUUUGUUAACUAUUGACUCUGACAAGACUGAUGAAGCUGAACUACAAAAAGCAGUUGAGAAUGCAUCCCAACUUUUACAUGAAUUUAAUAGCAGUGUGGCAGAGUACACGAGUUAUGCUGACACUAACACAAUUCCUGGUCAUUACGUGAUGUAUUGGGAGUUACUAGUGAAGGACUCCUCCAACUUCCCUAGCGAGAAGGUGCUAAGUCAGUGUUGUCUAGUUAUGGAAGAGUCACUGAACUCGGUGUACCGACAAUGCCGAGUCGCCGACAAUUCAAUAGGUCCACUAGAAAUACGAGUGGUAAAAAGUGGUACAUUUGAAGAGUUGAUGGAUUAUGCUAUAUCAAGAGGUGCUUCUAUAAAUCAGUACAAGGUACCAAGGUGCGUUAGCUUUACACCAAUCAUGGAACUCCUUGACUCACGAGUCAUCUCGGUACACUUUAGUCCAUCAUUGCCCCAUUGGACCCCAGAACGAUGUCGGUAA